AUGUAUAAAGACAUUUUUUUCUGGGUGGAAACAAAUGACGGUAAAACAACAUUAAUACGCCAAAAAAGAGGAGUCAGGCAGGGUGACCCAGCUUCACCACUAAUCUAUAACAUAGUCAUCGAGAAUCUUUCCCGUAAACUGAACAGCUGUGCCAAGACCUCGCUUGGGUUCAACCACCUUCUCUACGCAGACGACUUGACCGUCCUAGCCGAAACACCACAACAUCUGCGCCAGCUGCACAACACUGUUACUAGAUUCCGCGAAACUACUGGUAUACGUAUCAAUACUGAAAAAUGUAAACUGAUGGCCAGCAAAUCUCACGGAAAGGGCAUAUCACGGAGAAUCGACGACACUACUAUCCGUCUUAAGGUAAAUAACAGGAACAUCCCGUUAUGCAAAGGCAAAGACUCUUUCAAAUACCUCGGUAACCAAGUGGGAAUGAGGAACAAUAGUCUUUACGCUUCGUUCCACGAACUGUUAAAUUACACCAAACGGCUGCUCAACAACACCGCCAACUGUUGCCUACACCUCUACCAAAAACACCACCUAAUUAGAACCUUCAAUACACCAAAGUGGGAAUACUUCAUCCGUCUCAAUGGUCUUGGCAUCUACCAAGCGGACCUCUUGGGCAGAGCAUUACGUGAGGCUAUAAGAAAAUAUCUUAAACUACCGGCCCAUACACAUCGUGCAUUCUUUCAUGCCGACCGAAUAAGUGGAGGCCUAAACAUUCCUGAGCCUUGGAACUGGAGCUGUGCUACACAAGUGAAACAUGUGAUCAGUUUGCUAAACUCGGACGACAAUAUUAUAAAACAAACCAUAAGAAACGAAAUAACCACUCUGCUGAAACUAAGAUACCACACUGAAUGCACUCAAAAUAAACCACAUAACGAAAUAAUAACGCAGUUUCUUAACGGCGAACUAGAAAAUCAAAAAAAAGCACGGACAGUAGAUUGCAUGGACCCUACUGCACACGCUCCAAAGGCAUUUAAAACCAGCAAUGCCAAGGUGAUAUGUGCAGAUGGGGUCUUCCAUAUCAUGAUCACGAAUUCAUCGAAUAGCAACGAAAAUUUCCUUAUUAAACAUGACGCUAUUAUAAAAAAAUUAAAGCACUACAACCAACUACAGUUAGCAAGUCAAUGGCAUUCAGCUGGUAGACAGGGAAAAUUAAUGGCUUGCACGAGAAACUAUGUAUCCAACUCUUGGAUGAAUACAGGGGAGCUACAUCCAUCCUUAUACAGCUUCUCCAUCAAAGCAAGAAUGGAUUUACUCCCAACAAAUAAUAACAAAAAAUUUUGGAAUAUGACAACGAAUGACAGAUGCUCCCACUGCCAGCAAAUAGAAGAUAUCCAACAUCUUCUGUCAUUCUGCCCUCACUAUCUACCCCUUAGACGGGAAAGGCAUGACAAAAUUUUAAAUAGAAUUGCCAAAACGGUUAGAUACAACAACAGAGGGGAAAACAUUAAUGUAAGAAUUAAUCAGGCAAUACCAGAAAUGGAAAAUGAUACCCUCAGACCAGAUAUAGUUGUCGAGAAUACAGAAUGCAAACAAAUAACCAUUAUAGAUCUGGCAAUAAGGAAUCAAUAUGGAGAAGACUGCUUAACUAAAGCGAGACAAGCAAAAAUAGAUAAGUACAAACAUAUUAAAACUUUCUACGAAACGAAAGGCUAUCAAGUAUUACUCGACGCAGUGGUUUUUGGUGCUUUAGGUGCAACAGACACAAAUAACACAGAACUAUUCAAAAAAUUAAACUCGCCAUGGAAUUAUAUUAAAAAGAUGCACAAGUUCAUCAUUAACGACAUACUCCGUGCUGGUUACCACAUAUGGAGAAAAAGAUCCACACGACCAUAG